ACAGUGAGCCCUCCGUCCAUGGAGGGGGAAGAGACGUACCUGGAGCUCUACCUGGCCCGGUGCGCCGCCCAGGAUGACCUUGCUCCACCCAGAUCACCCCUGCUCAGCCCAAUUGUGCCUUAUGAUGUGUACACAUCCAAUCCAGAGACUACGUUUAAUUCACAGCUUGAAGAAGUCACAGUAACAUCUGGCAAUUUCUCAUCUGUGGAUCUUAGCUUCCUACCAGAUGAGCUUACCCAGGAAAAUAAAGACCAGACUGUCAUUAGAAGCAAGCAUGAAACUGAAGAAAAUUGUAAAACUAAAAGUUGGCAAAGUAGGUUGCCAUUACCCAGCCAACAGGACGUUGGCCUGGCCUUAAACAGCAGCGGUGGGUCAAAUUCCCAUUCACAUCUCCACCCUGGUGAUGCUGACUCAGCCCAGCCCUCUCCUGAGAAACCACACUCCUUGCCUCUGGCAUCCAUAACUCCCAUGACACCAGUGACCCCUGUUUCAGAAUGUUCUGGAAUUGUGCCUCAACUACAGAAUAUAGUUUCCACUGUAAACCUGGCCUGUAAAUUGGAUCUGAAGAAAAUAGCUUUGCAUGCAAAAAAUGCAGAAUAUAACCCAAAGAGGUUUGCCGCCGUCAUAAUGAGGAUCCGAGAGCCCAGGACCACAGCCCUCAUAUUUAGCUCUGGGAAAAUGGUCUGCACAGGAGCCAAAAGCGAAGAGCAGUCUCGACUUGCAGCAAGAAAGUAUGCUCGUGUGGUGCAGAAGCUGGGCUUUCCCGCCAGAUUCCUCGAUUUUAAAAUUCAGAACAUGGUUGGAAGCUGUGAUGUGAGAUUUCCUAUUAGGCUGGAAGGUUUGGUGCUAACCCAUCAGCAGUUCAGUAGUUAUGAACCUGAACUGUUCCCUGGCCUUAUUUACAGAAUGGUAAAACCACGAAUUGUGUUGCUUAUCUUUGUAUCUGGAAAAGUUGUGUUGACAGGUGCCAAAGAACGUUCUGAGAUCUAUGAAGCAUUUGAAAACAUCUAUCCUAUUCUAAAGGGUUUUAAAAAAACCUGA